AUGGAUGAGAUGGACCUGCCCCAGAUGAAGAAGGAGGUAGAGAGCCUUAAGUACCAGUUGGCUUUCAAAAGAGAGAAGUCCUCCAAAACAGUGACAGAUUUGGUGAAGUGGAUAGAAGAUGGCGUCCCUGAGGAUCCCUUUCUGAACCCUGAGCUGAUGAAGAACAACCCAUGGGUGGAGAAAGGAAAGUGCAUCCUUCUGUAG